CCCUAACCAGCCGGUGUAUUUGGAUACAAAGUCAGCACAGAGACUGACAGCACGGUCUACUGAAUGGCACGUCUUUUGAAGGAAAAAGCUAAUUGAUCGUGAUGGACAAGAAGCCAAACGACCCAUAUGAAUAAGGACCUCAAGAGCUUUAAUUUGUGGAAUUGGGUUACGGACGGUGACGCUGUAUACUCGGAGGCAAUCACACGCCCAUGCGACGCUGUCAGUGGAUGUUGUGAUGUACAGUCGUCAGGAUAUAUCACUGUAAAUACGAAUAUUUCGGUAACGAACAAGGCCUGUGCUUUAUAAAGGCUACACCAAAAGAGGACCGAAGAAACCGUCUGCAGCGGGAUUUUAUUUCAUUAUCUGCGAUACAGUUGAGGAUUUAACUGAGGAUUAUCCAGAAAUUAUAUAAAUAUGAUCAAAAUUGAUAUUUUUUAUUUUUAUUAUUUGUAUUGGUUCUAAGAUAUUGUAUUUGUAUACAAUUGACUGCUCAUUGCCCAAAGUGAACACCUUACAGAAGAGCCUUAUUUUUAUUACUUCAAUUCGAAUCAGAAACACAAAUAUUUGGAAUUACAGCGCAUCCACGGAAACCUUAAACUGAUUUAAUCGCGGUUUCAAUAUUUUCUUUUGAGAACAAGCAGGUGAGGGACCUUUGAUCACCAACAGCCCGUUUUGCGACACCGUAUCCAUAACUACACAUGACAAUCAUUUAUUAAACGACUACAAAUGUAUCGUUUGAUACACUAACGGGCUUUGUCCCACUUAGAACGACGAAGGCGAGUGAAUUAUUAUUCAAACAGACCGCACGGAAGAAAGGUCGCGUCUCUUGGCUACAAGUCUUCUAUUGGGAUCUAGCGCUUUUGGACAUGGUCACAAUGUAUCCGCUUUUAUUGAAGUAGGCUACACGCGCAAGUCCUAGGCCGCGAGAUGUAACAGGAGAGACCACCAAUCUUUCAUCGCCAAAAAUAAUGCUAUUGUAGAUGCAAGGCUUCAGGCACAGAAUAUUUGCGUAUUUGCUCUCUCUGCUGUCAUUGUCUCUUGUUUAAAAUGGACGAACCUUUUACCUUGGUGCUAUUUAAGGAUAUGCUAAACUGGCUUACACGUUCAGCGAUGCAUGGGAUUUAACUUGGACAAGCUUUACCACAGUCUGGGACGACAUUAGUCUAUGUGUCCAUACCGACCAGGAGCAAUAACAUGCUAUCUGAUUCCGAGGGGAAUGCUGUCGUGAUACAGGCGUUCUCGAGUCAAAUAGUACUCCUGCGCGCGGUGUGACUGAUCUUUGCCCCAAAUAGAUACCAGCCAAUAUUUUGUCAGCGUUGUGCAGCUCUCAGUUGCAGUGGGCCUUUUUGUCCACCGUCUGUCCGUCUCAACACAGCCGGGCAGCCAGUGCAACAUUGUUUUCAAUGUAGCGAGGUGAUGUGCAGCCUGGGUCGUGCUUUAUUCAUAAAGCAGAGAACAAAUUCAAGGAAAUAAAAAUUACAGCACACCAUUUUAAACUUAGCUCUUGUGGUCAACAACCGUCCACAGGGAGAAUCAGUAGAUAGGCUAACAGUUAUUCAUUAAAAUAAAUGUUUAUGAGGGUAUUCCUGUCUGAACUGAUCUGGCUGUUCUGAAGCGGAGCCCCACACAGACAGCACUACCUUCCACGAGGACAUCUCCUAACAGGACAAUGGUCUAUCCUGGGAGUUUCGACUGGGAACAGACCUGCUUGUGUUUGUAACACUAACACAUAUUCCCUUUGUCUCAUUGGAGUCUCUCCUGGCAGCUUUUCAGACAGUAACCGAGUAACCAUUGACCUUUCGUCGGGGAUCGCCCCCUCCCAGCUAUGACCCCAGGGUCACCUUUGUGAACUCGACUGUUGGAGCACCUCUAUGGUAAUUGCGCCCUGUCACACAAACAGGGUGACACCAACACUAGUGACUGGACCUGGGAUUGUACCAGCAGGUGAUGGGAGAGCGGAGCUUUGGCCCUCUGGUCCACUGAGCCCCUUCUCCCCUCCUCGGGUUAAAGAGGCCUGGAACUGGACCCAUCUCUGGCCGAUGGGCCCUGCAUGGAUCCUGGCCGUGAGUCGAGCAAGAGCAGGCCCACAGAGCUGCUCAGCCUGAGGACAGCCAUGGAGCCCUACCCCAGGGCCAGCAGCACCACCAACCCCCUCCCCUGCUCCAGCUGUGGGGGCCGCUGUGACACCCCUCCCCCUGGCUUCUACCUCUCCCCCCCCCCCCAACCCCCUCCCUUCUCCCUGUCCAUGGCCCCUCCGCCCCCCAUGUGUGCCGCCCUGGCCGUGGGGGUUGAAAACGGGGCCAGCUGGAACUCCUCCACCCUCUCUUCCUCCGGUUCCCCGGACACACACCCCACCUGCCAGGGAAGCGUCACCAACCCUUACUGGACGGCCGUGUUCGAUUACGAGGCCACGGCGGACGAGGAGCUGACGCUACGCAGGGGAGACCUCCUGGAGGUCCUCUCCAAGGACUCCAAGGUGUCCGGUGACGAGGGCUGGUGGACGGGGAAGAUCCAGGACAAGGUGGGCAUCUUCCCCAGUAACUAUGUGACGCGGAGAGAGGGGGCCAACUACCCCCAGCUGACCCCCGGAGGCCCGGGCGGGAUGGGGGUCGGGGAAUGCCCCCUUGAGAUCGACUUCAUGGAGCUUGUCCUCGAGGAGGUGAUUGGGGCCGGGGGGUUCGGGAAGGUCUACAAGGGGGUGUGGCGCGAGGAGGAAGUGGCGGUGAAGGCCGCCAGGCAGGAUCCUGACGAGGACAUCAGCGCCACAGCAGAGAGCGUGCGUCAGGAGGCCCGGCUCUUCUGGAUGCUCAGACACCCCAACAUCAUCUCCCUGAGGGGGGUGUGUCUCCGGGAGCCCAACCUCUGCCUGGUCAUGGAGUACGCUCGGGGGGGGGCUCUGAACCGCGCCCUGGCUUGGAAGAAGGUGCCCCCCCGCGUGCUGGUCAACUGGGCGGUCCAGAUCGCCACAGGAAUGGACUACCUCCACAACCAGACGUUCGUACCGGUCAUUCACAGAGACCUCAAGUCUAGCAACAUCCUUAUCCUGGAGCCUGUAGAGAUGGAUGACCUGUGGGGGAAGACCCUGAAGAUCACAGACUUCGGGCUGGCUCGGGAGUGGCACCAGACUACCAAGAUGAGCGCGGCUGGAACCUACGCCUGGAUGGCCCCCGAGGUCAUCAAGUUGUCCCUGUUCUCCAAGAGCAGCGACGUCUGGAGUUUUGGGGUGCUCCUGUGGGAGCUGCUGACGGGGGAGGUUCCAUACCGGGAAAUCGACGCGUUGGCCGUGGCGUACGGCGUGGCUAUGAACAAACUGACCCUUCCUGUCCCCUCCACCUGCCCUGAGCCCUUUGCCCUGCUGCUGGCAGAGUGCUGGAGCCCUAACCCCCACAGCCGCCCUUCUUUCGGCAGCAUCCUGACUCGUCUCCUGGCCAUUGAGCAGUCCUCCAUGUUCCAGAUGCCUCUGGAGUCCUUCCACUCCCUGCAGGAGGACUGGAGGCUGGAGAUCCAACAGAUGUUUGAUGAGCUCCGGGCCAAGGAGAAGGAGCUGAGGUCCUGGGAGGAGGCGCUGGCCCGGGCUGCUGAGGAGCAGAAGGAGCAGGAGGAGCAGCUGAAGAGGAGGGAGCAGGAGCUGGCAGAGAGAGAGAUUGACAUUGUGGAGCGGGAGCUCAACAUCAUCAUCCACCAGAUGUACCAGGAGAAGCCCCGGGUCAAGAAGCGCAAGGGACACUUCAAGAAGAGCAGGCUGCUAAAGCUGGGCCGAGACAGCAACUCCAUCAGUCUGCCCUCUGGUUUUGAGCACAAGAUCACUGUGCAGGCGUCGCCCAGUGUGGACAAGAGGAAGCUGCAGGGCAGCGAGAGCACCACCCCUCCCGCCAGCCCCGGGGUCAUCCCCCGCCUCCGCGCCAUACGACUGACGCCCAGUGAUGGCAGUAAGACCUGGGGGCGGAGCUCUGCAUGUAAGAAGGAGGAGCUCACCACCAGUAAGAAGAAGGGGCGGACUUGGGGCCCAAGCUCCACCCACCAGAGAGAGAGGGUCGGAGGGGAGGACAAGUUGAAGUCUCUAGGUGAAGGCUGCAAGGUGUGGUCCUCUAGCGCCCCUAACUUGGGCAAGUCCCCCAAACAUGCCCCCAUGACGGCAGGCUUCUCCAGCCUCAACGAGAUGGAGGAGUGCGGUGAGCUGGAGGAGUCUCCGGGCUCUCUGCCCAACACAGAGUCAAGUAGUAAUGGAGCGGUGGAGGAUGGGGGCUCCUUGUGGAGCAUGGGCGGCCCAGGGACAGGGCCUGGUCCUGGGGCAUGUCUGGGGCCUGGGGGCCUGGGGCCUGGAGGUCUGGGGGCCCAAGUGGGCUCCCAGGACUCCCUGAGGCGCUGUAGCCAGAGGAAGAAGAGUGAUGUGCUGCUGCUGGGCUGUGCCUCUCUGCUGGCCUCUGUAGCUCUGGGACAAGACCUGCUGCAGCUGGGGAGGAUACAGAUGCUCCAGGACGAGCAGGACCAGGAGCAGAGGAAGAAGAAGGAGGGGCUCUUCCAGCGGACGGGACGCUUCCGCCGCAGCACCUCCCCUCCCAGCCGCACGCUGUCCCUCUCCCUCACCCGCCACCAAGACUCCGCCCUGGCCUGCAUGGACCCCUCCCCCUCCGUCACCCUCCUCUCCCUCUCCUCCCUCUCUGACUGCAACUCCACCAAGUCCCUCCUCCCCUCCGACCCCGACGACUACCCCGUCACCCCGGGCGUGGGCCUGGGCCCGCCCUUGGCCCCGCCCGCCCCCGCCCUCAACCCGCUGCUCGACCUGCGGGCGGAGAGCUUCAAGAGGGAGCCCAACCAGUCCCUGACGCCUACGCACGUCUCCGCCACCAUGGCACUGAACCGGGGCCACAGACGCACGCCCUCAGACGGAGCGAUACGCCCGCGGGCACAGACGCUGGGGCACCGGAGGACCCCCUCGGACGGCAGCAUGCCCCUCCCACCCCCGCCGGGCGCGGCAGCCCCCCCCCUCGUCCCUCGCACAGGUCUGAGGGAGACCCAGGACAUCCUUCGUCUCCCGGAUACCUUCGCCGUCUUCCCCCCCGUCCUCCGUCGCAAAGCCCCCCCUCCCCCACUCCCACUACCACUCCCGGUCCCCAUCUCUGACCCCCUCCUCAGCGACCCCCUCUCCACCCCCAGCCCCCUGGAAAGACCCAAAACACUGGAGUUCGCGCCCAGACCCAGACCCACCCCGGUGCGGGUCCGCCCAGACCCGUGGAAGCUAGCCUCCCUGUCCCGGACCCUGAGCUCAUCCCCGGGCAGCAGCUGCGACAGCCCCCUCGGGUCUGGAGACAGCGGGACCGGCGCCACCCGACCCAACCUGAUGGACAUGGACAUGGAGGGCCAGACCAAGGACAGCACCGUGCCGCUGUGUGGACAGCUGCAGCCAGCCACGCUCUGCGGACAGCAGUACUCAUAGCAAGGGCCCCGGGUACGAGCACGCUGCGUACUAGCGCACUGCGAGUACACUGAAGUCAGUUGAGACUACAGACAGUAUUUACUUGACUGUGUGUGUACACAGGACCUGUGUACUUGACUGUGUGCAAGUACACAGGGCUUCAUGUGAAGUGUACUAGCUCCCAGAUAGCAUGCUCAGUUAUGCACUAGUGUGGGACACUACCAAUGCCCACUCCCAAUCCUGAAAAGGUGUAGUGUGCAAGGCCCACUCUGCUGUCCUGGACCCAGAUUCCACCCCUCAAGCACUUAGUGUCCAUCCAUCUAUCCAUCCAUCCAUCUAUCCAUCCAUCCAUCCAUCCAUCCAUCCAUCUAUCCUCCCCCUUCAUCUACUGGUGUGGUAGUCACUCAGCCUAUGUGGCUAGCUUCAUUUUCCCUUCUCUCUCUUUGGUUCUUUCACUGUAUCUGUAUUGUCUCAGCACUGCUCUCUUACAGCCUCUCUCUUCCUCUGUGCUUCUCUCUCUUUCUUACCAAUGGUCUCUCUUUUCACCCUUUCAUCCUCACCAGUCACAACAGCAUCUCUCAGCCCUGUGCCCCCUCCCUGAACUUGUCCUAACACCUGAAGGAGAGCUCUCCAGGAACCCCACCUCUCACCUCAGGGUUGGUCUUCCUCUACACACUAACCACCCUCAGGAAUUGUGGACUGUACCACACUCACACAGCUGGGGGGUCCAUUCAUAUUGAUGUUUUGCACGCUCAUAUAUUUUGUCUCCCCUAGUCCCCCCCUCUUGCAAGUGGAUCAUCUCAUCUCUUUUCCUAGUACAUUUAGUCAGGUACUGUAGGUAGGAUAGCACACACUCUGAUCCAGAGACACAUUUUCCGAAGGUAAUCUCUCUCACCUCCCUCUCCUCUCUAUUGCGCUUUCUUCAGCCCCUCCUCCUCCUUCCCCGGCCACAACGAGACUUCCUGUCUGUGAAGGUGGACUUCCUGUCAGGGGGUUGGUCUAUCCUUAAGUAGCAGUGUAGCCCUGCCUGUCACUUAGAAAGAGAAAAUAAAUGGCCGCUGGACCUCUGAGAACUCGUUAGCCUGGUGGUGGAUGUUUGGCCAACAAUGGUGGUUCAAAUCCCACCUGUUACACCGACACCCCCUGACCUAACCCUUACACCCUCAUCCACUCGGGAAACAGGAUAUUGAACAAGGAGCCAUUUCAACUCUAAAGCACAACUGACUGGAGGACAGGAAGAAGGCUCUUCCCUGGAAGACUGGACGACAGGAAGUUGAUUAAUUUCCUCAAAGCUUGCACCAUUCCUGCCACAACAACCAGUUAGAGACAAUUUGCUCUUAUUGGUUUGGCAAUGUGUGUGUUGGUGAAUGUGUGUAUGUGCGUGUGUGUAUUAGAGACUGUAUCACAGGAGAAGAGAACGAUGCGUCUCUCUCUCUGGAACCAUUCAAACGUCCAUUUUCUGACUGUUGCUUCGACUCUGUUAGGAAAUAUUUAGAAGUUCUCCAGAUGUUACCCAGACGUUCCACACAUGUUCCUCACACGUUCCUCAGUCCUGGACAUUCCGCCCGACAACCAGCCUAGUGGAAGAAGGACCAUGACGGGAAUCAAGACUCAUGUAUCCUCUCGCAAUAAACAGUGAAUCAACACUACCUGCUUUUACAUAAGGAAAUCCCAUAUUUAUCAAUUGUGACUGUAUGUCCUUCCUGUCUCGGUUUUCAGCAUUAUGCAUUACUGGGAUGAAACAAACUGAGUCUUUGGUUGAAUUAGCCAUAUUGUUAUCAGUGUGUCUUUGUCAUAGGAGAACGAACUGGCCGGCGCCAAGCUAUGGUCGACCAAUUAUGAGACUCCUGUUUCCAAAUAAGAUACCACUUAAAGUGCAGUUAGUCAAGGCUACAGACAGUAUUUACUUGACUGCACAGGUGUAUGAGUGUGUGUCUGUUGUGUGCGUGCAUGUGUGUACGUGUGAGUGUGUUUGUUUAUUGUAGUUGUGCAUUAUGGGAUGUUGACAAUCCCAUUGAUCCUGAGGGGGAGUCAGAAUACCCCCUGCUUCCCCUCGAGUGGUCAAGGACACUCAGAUUAUUUAUUAUUGAAAAUAUUGUUACUAUUGAAAAAAUAUGAUUCAUUAUUGUUAUUACAAUUAUCUCAAUGGAAUAUUUGUAUAUAUUUGUUAUCAUAACAGCAGACCAAACAAGAAAAACCAAGCAAACUACUGAUGUGUACAGUUACUACAACUGUCUCCAAUCCCAACCUGUGUCGUUUUUGGAUAGAAAAGAAGAGAAAAGUGUGAUGUGUGAUGAAUGAAACAAUGACUGAAUUAAAGAGAGGAAAUGAGAUGCUUCCUACCGUGGUUUGGAGUCAGUCUCUCGGAACAUGCUCUGCAGUACCAUCCAACUUCCUUCAAGUGUCGCCAAAGCUCCUUAUAAUGUUACAUGAUUUUGAUAGAUACAAUCAAGCACUAUGACGUAAUGUUGUUUUACGAUGGCAGAUUAUGAGAUUGCGGUGUGCUUAAUGUCAACAAUAAAGCAACAGGAAGUAGCAGCCGAUGGCCAACAUAAAACACAUGAUCAACAGAGGAGGACAGAGAAAACUCUGGUGCUCAUUCCAAGGUACAUAACCUGAGGCAGUCUGGCUCACA